UCGCGGCUCGCGUCCGCUUCCAGCGCGCCGUACGUGCUUGCGUCGGGCUCCGCGGCGCAGCGUCCUCUCGCCUGCCUCUCCGAAUGAAAGGGAAGGUCCCAGGCGCCGAGCGAGCGAGCGGCUCUCCAGCGCACGACGGCGGCGGGUCUGGUUCAGUUCUGAGGGGCUUCGCGCCCUCCUUCCUCGCCCUUAGCCGGCCCUGCAUUGGCAAGGAUUGAAGUGGCAUCCUUCAAGCCGUUUUAGAAAUCAUGUCAGGCUCCGUUGGACAGAAAAAGGGGCCCGGGAGGCAGCGCAAAUGUGGCUUUUGCAAGUCCAACAAAGAUAAGGAAUGUGGGCAGCUAUUGCUGUCUGAAAACCAGAAGGUGGCAGCACAUCUUAAAUGUAUGCUUUUCUCAUCUGCCCUGGUAUCCUCACACUCCGAUAACGAGAGUCUUGGAGGAUUUUCUAUUGAAGACGUGCAGAAGGAAAUAAAAAGAGGUACCAAGUUGAUGUGCUCAUCAUGCCAUUGUCCAGGGGCAACCAUUGGUUGCGAUGUAAAAACCUGCCGCAAGACAUAUCACUAUUACUGUGCAAUGCGUGAUAAAGCUCAAAUCCGAGAGAAACCUUCACAGGGCAUUUACAUGAUAUUAUGUCGAAAACACAAGAAAGCGCCGCACAACUCUGAAGAUUUAGAAGAAGGUCUUAAUGAACAUGAGUUGGAACCGUCCCCUCCUAAAAAGAGGGGGCGCAAAGGAAGGCCCAGGAAAAUGAGUCUCAAAGGGCAGCCCGAAGAUGCUCGAUCAACAUCUUCACAUGGCACAGACGAUGUAGAAAGCAGUUCUUAUAGAGACAGAUCACCCCACAGAAGCAGUCCCAAUGAUACAAAACCUAAAUGUGGAUUCUGUCAUGCAGGUGAAGAAGAAAAUGAAGCUAGAGGGAAGCUUCAUAUAUUCAAUGCCAAAAAGGCAGCUGCACAUUACAAGUGCAUGCUGUUCUCUUCUGGCACUGUACAACUGACAACAACGUCAAGGGCAGAGUUUGGUGACUUUGAUAUUAAAACUGUACUUCAAGAAAUCAAGCGAGGAAAAAGAAUGAAGUGUACACUCUGUAGUCAGUCUGGCGCUACUAUUGGAUGUGAAAUUAAAGCUUGUAUCAAGACUUACCAUUACCACUGUGGAGUCCAAGACAAAGCGAAAUAUAUUGAGAACAUGUCACGAGGAAUUUACAAGCUUUACUGUAAAAACCAUAGUGGGAAUGAUGAGCGAGAUGAAGAAGAUGAAGAGCGAGAAAGCAAAAGCCGUGAGAAGUCAGUAGCUGACCAUAGUGGAGUUCCUCAGCAGCAGCUCAAUGGAAACUAGGUAUGGAAAGUCCUCACUUGCCAGCUUUCCACCUGAGACACCACUGUACAAUUGAUAUAGUUGUUGUUAGUGGUAAGACAUCUUGAGCUGAGCAUAUGCCAAUAAGUGGUUUUUGUUUUUUGGUUGUUCUUUUUAAAACAAAAACAAAAAACUGGAGCCCUGUUGCACAAGAACUGGGGAUAUUUCUCAAAUUCAGCUAACUUUAAGGAAGAUCCUGCACUUCUGCCAAUAAACAUAGCUGUCAUGUUCAAUUUGGUAAUAUGCUUUUCUCUUUUAUUCUCUUGCUAUUUUAAAAUCUACCUUUCCCCCCUCCCCCAUCAUCUUUCAAACAGGUUCAAGUGACAGAAUUAAACUGGGAAUGAAUAAGACAUCCAUAAUUACUAGCGUUUGUUUUUUUAAAAAAUGCUUUUUAAAGUCAGAAAGGGGUUAGUAACUCUUUUUUUUUAACUGCCUGACUGUUAGAAAUGUCAUUGAACUGCCUGAAAUGUUCUUGUGUGUGAGCGCCUUCAAUGAGCAGCAGAAAUUUUUUUUUUACAUGUCAAUAUUAUGUAGUUAGUUAGUCUGCAGUGUCUGGAGAAAACACACUCACACCCUGAAACACUAUAUAAAUGAGAUGUAACAUGUACAGUGUCAAAGUUGAGACAGACACGGAAAUAGUAAGUUCUGUUUCUGGACUGAUUUGGGAUAUGUUAACGUCAGUGGAUUUGUGCAUCAUGUGAAGGUCGGACGUUUAACUUGCAAAGUGGAUAUGCCUGUACUGUGACAGCAAGGCUGUAAAUGAGUGCAUUUUGCAUUUACCUUCACAUUCAAACUAUGAAGGCAAAUCAGGAGGGAAGCUGCUGACCUUUUUGCAGAAACACCCCAGGAAAAUCUAAAAGGAAUUCUGCAGCUCCAGAAGCGUGCUUGAGCUACUUGGGUUAUUCCCGCUACGAUAGUUUCUACUGCCUAGCAUUCCUUGCUGGAGACCUCUCAAGCUGCCGUCGGCUACAAACUGUGAGCUUCACUACUUCAUGCCAAAGGGCUGUUGUUCAUUCCUUUUCUCCCACCCUGCCCAUCCACUUCUCGUGUUCCUCUCCCUGCUUUACCAACAACCUGUGGCUAAUUGCAACUGAAUACUGAGUGGUCACUUCUGGAAGCUGCAACCCCUUCCAAACUCUCCUAGAUCUCAAAGUUAUUGCCUAACUCUCACUAUGGAAUUUAGCCACCUUUAUUGGACAUCAUACCUCAAGUGCUCUGUGCUGCGUGGAACACAUCAUGUUUUGUAUGCUGUAAGAAGAAUGCAGAAUAAGACUCUGGGUUUUUCGUUUUGUUUUGGGUUUUUUUUUUAAAAAAAAGAGGUCAGUAUUUAUUUUGAGUCUUGUGACCACUAUAUGAGAAUGUUUUCGUAUUUGAUUAAGGUUUCCUGGCAAAUCAGCAAGACAAUGUUGUUAAAUCUACAGAAUGCUCAAUUAGCUUGAAAUUAUGCCAAGUCUUAACAUCCCAGUUUGAUGUCAUAGAAUCCUGGUACUCCUAGUAGUUUCUUCCACUGCUCUAGUCAAACCUAUUUUAAAUGCAACCAAAAAAAAAGUCAUACUUCUUGUUAGCAAACUAGCAAGUUCACUCUAGACUUUAUUCUUAUCUCUUGAAUUUGACGCAAAGCAGCAAAUGGAAAUAUCCUAACAAUUGGAUGGAAAACAAAAGAUUCACAAGCAGUUGAUUCUACAAAAAGCUUUUCAUGAUAUGAUCUAUGUUUCUGAAGCCUUGUUUAAUUUCAUAUUUUUUUUAAUCUUUUAUUGUCUCAUUUUUUAAAAAAUGCAUUUCAUUGUCUCAAGGGACUCAAAUUAUUGUGUAUAAGAACUUCAAAGACUCUCAAGUUGGAAUUCAAUCCAUUUAGGUUUGAAAACUUCCUGGAAGAAUGCUGUUUUAGUAUAAAAGUUGUGUAUAAAAAUAAAUCUGUUAACUUGCUCUUAUGCCAUUGACCAAUUUUUUUUUUAUUUUGUAUUGUAACUUUCAAGAUUAAAGGCGCAACUUGUACUGAAA